GACUUCAUCAACAUCCUGCACCGCUACUACAAGUCACCCAUGGUGCAGAUCUAUGAGCUGGAGGAGCACAAAAUUGAGACGUGGAGAGGUAACAGAGCUGCUGCCUCCCGCUGCCCCAUCCCUGUUGGGGUGCCCCAAAGCUGAGCCUCCCCUCCCCACAGAGGUGUACCUGCAGGACUCCUUCAAGCCGCUGGUCUGCAUCUCCCCCAACGCCAGCCUCUUUGAUGCUGUCUCCUCCCUGAUCCGGAACAAAAUCCACCGCCUCCCCGUCAUCGACCCCGACUCGGGCAACACUCUCUACAUCCUCACCCACAAACGCAUCCUCAAGUUCCUCAAACUCUUUAUUGCAGAGGUUCCAAAGCCUGAGUUUAUGGCCCGGACUCUGGAGGAGCUGCAGAUCGGUACCUACAGCAACAUCGCCGUGGUGAACACCAGCACUCCCAUCUACGUGGCUCUGGGCAUCUUUGUGCAGCACCGUGUGUCUGCUCUGCCUGUGGUCGAUGAUUCGGGGCGGGUGGUGGAUAUCUACUCCAAGUUCGAUGUUAUCAAUUUGGCUGCUGAGAAGACCUACAACAACCUGGACGUGACGGUGACGCGGGCGCUGCAGCACCGCUCCCAUUACUUCGAGGGCGUCCUCAAAUGCUACAAACACGAAACGUUGGAAGCCAUCAUCAACCGCCUGGUGGAGGCCGAGGUGCACCGUUUGGUGGUGGUGGAUGAGAGCGACGUGGUGAAAGGCAUCGUCUCCCUCUCGGACAUCCUCCAAGCCCUGGUUCUCCCUGAAGGCUCCGAGCCCUGAGCGGUGCUGUGGGGGGGACUCAGCCCAUCCCGGUGCCCCCCACCCUCCCGUCCUGCCCUGGGGGGGUCCCACUCACCAGCAGCAGCAGCAAUAAACCGCCGGCUGUGGGGCAGGAACAGCCUCUGCCUCCCCCCACACCAGGCACCGUGCUUGGGCAGCCCCCAACCCCUCAGUGUGCUCCCUAUGGGGCAGCUGACCCUGGCUGGGGAGGAGGGAGGGGGCAGGGGGGGGGGCUGCAUGGAGUCAGGCUGGGCUGGGGGUGUCCCAGCCCCACAUAGGUUUAUUUUUCCCCCACUCUGCUCCGUCCAGCCCCCCCCCAGCCCCCUUCACUGCCACCGCUUUGUGUGCGGAGAGAAAUGGCAAAUAAACACAGACCUGGCACCAA